CUGCCACCACAGAGCGGGCAGCCAACGGCCUGGUAGGCAGACGGCAUUUUCCCCGCCACAACCAAAAGCUGUGUGUCGCCGCUGUGCGCGCGUGCGUCCAGGAGUAGCCGCGCCACUACACUGACAAACAAGAUUUCACAAAUUAUGUUCGCGCAGUUCAGCAGUUGCCGAUAGAUUUUUAAACAACACACAUGUUACGCAAUCUGACAUUAUAUAUUUGCACUAUUUUCAACCCUCUAUGCAAAUUUGAAUAAAUAAUUGUUUACUUCAAAAAGUGGUGCAAAAUUCAAACUCUUUUACUCUUCGGGAUUUCCAGAUUUCAGUUCGAAUUUCUCUAUUAUUUACCCAGUUUUACUUCUAAAUCUCUAGCUCGAUUCUAAAAAAAAGUUUUCUUGUCUAUUAUAAAGAAGGUGUAGCCAAUGCUGUAUAAUUGAAAAAGCAGCAAAGUUGAAAAGAGUUUAGAGUACUGCCAUGUUAUUGUGGAUCUCUAAGUUAGAAAAUGUUUAAGUGAACGAUCAUGUCGUGAUAAUUUCUUUAAACGUCUGCAAAACUUCUGGGAGCUGGAAGUUGAUUCUUGAUUCCAUUCCUUGAUUCUGUUUGGACUAGCUGACCCUGGAAAGCAAUAGACGCUGUUUUUCUUAGAAAACGAUAUUUUUUCUUCGAAAAGGAUUUUCACUCUUGGAAAAAACAAUUUUUUUCUUCGAAAAGGAUUUUGGAAAUCCCUUCUGGGAACUUCUGAAAAGGUGUUUUUCAAAAAGAUUAUCGGAAGACCGCCUGAGAAGUGCACAGAGAUGGUCAGCAGAACAGACGGGUCCUGUUCCCGUAACCGUCGUUUGUGAGUAAAGCAUCAGACACAGAACGUUAACGGUGACUCUUGACAUAGCCGUAUACAACAUGGGACAGUUUGCAAAAGGUCCGGACCCUGUGCUUGUAGGCGUGGUGGUUGGGGGCGUGGCUCUCUUCGUUGGGUUUGCACUGGUCACCACGUGGUACAUCUGUCGCCGGAAGAAGGGUUUGUCCCUGCUGCCUACUUCCCACUCAGCAUCCGGCACAUUGGCUACCCUCCGUCCAGGUACUCCUGGAUCCAUCCCCAUCAGUAGAAGCCACCACGAGAUCGGAUCAUCGGGUCCUAAAUCUGCACCUCUCCCCCCUAGCGGUAAGAAAAGCGUGUUCCAGAUAGCUGACCGUCAGUGGACGCUCCCUACCGUCUCUCAGAGACACCAGAACUUCCAACGCAUGCUGUCUCAUCGUCUCAACUUGUCUCAUAUUGAAUUCAGUGUGCAAAGUGUGAAGCAGAAAGAGCAGCCCGACUUGGGCGUCAUAAAACCAGAACUUUACAAGCAAGCGUCAGUGGACAGUUUACGUUCGGAACAUGUCCCGUGCGGUAAGCUCUUCUUUAGUCUACGCUACAGCCAGGAAGAAGCGAGUCUUGUGGUGAACGUGACACGGGCAGAAAAUCUUCCGGCCAAAGAUUUCUCGGGAACGUCCGACCCCUAUGUCAAAGUUUACCUCAUGCCAGACAGAAAGACGAAACACCAGACGAAAGUUCACAGAAAGACGUUGAAUCCGGAGUUUAACGAGAAGUUUUCCUUUACGGUUCUCUACGAGGAUUUGUCGGGGAGGUCCUUGCAGUUCAACAUUUACGAUUUUGACCGUUUCUCGCGACAUGACGUCAUAGGUGCCGUGAAGGUGAAGGACAUUUUAGGAGAGGGAAGCUUGAGUAAAGAGACGUUCUUCGUGAGGGAUAUCUACGCCUCACAGCAG